GGAGGCGUGGACACACUGCCAGCGGAAGUGAAGCCCUCCGCGAGGGCGCAGGGCCGCCCGCGCCGGGCGAGAAAACUGGACUGUAGGAUUGGGCCGAGCCAGCGAUGGGUACGCGGGCGAACGGUGCAAAGCUGCACGGGGACGCGCGAGGUACCGAGGACGCGGCGCAGCGGCAGCGGGGAGAAAAGGCGCCCGGCAGCCGGGCGACCGGCGCAGAGAGCAUCAUGGCAGAGCAGGUGGCCCUGAGCCGGACCCAGGUGUGCGGGAUCCUGCGUGAAGAGCUGUACCAAGGCAAUGCCUUCCAUCAAUCUGAUACACACAUCUUCAUCAUCAUGGGUGCAUCGGGCGACCUGGCCAAGAAGAAGAUCUACCCCACCAUCUGGUGGCUGUUCCGGGAUGGCCUUCUGCCUGAAGACACCUUCGUCGUGGGCUACGCCCGCUCCCGCCUCACAGUGGCCGACAUCCGGAAACAGAGCGAGCCCUUCUUCAAAGCCACACCAGAGGAGAAGCCCAAGCUGGAGGAGUUCUUUGCCCGCAACUCCUAUGUGGCUGGUCAGUACGAUGAUGCAGCCUCCUACGAGCGCCUCAACAGCCAUGUGAACGCCCUCCAGCAGGGGCCACAGGCCAACCGCCUCUUUUACCUGGCCUUGCCCCCCACGGUCUACGAGGCGGUCACCAAGCACAUCCACGAGACCUGCAUGAGCCAGACUGGCUGGAACCGUGUCAUUGUGGAGAAGCCCUUUGGGAGGGACCUGCAGAGCUCCGACAGGCUGUCCAACCACAUCUCCUCCUUGUUCCGUGAGGACCAGAUCUACCGCAUCGACCACUAUCUGGGCAAGGAGAUGGUCCAGAACCUCAUGGUGCUGAGGUUUGCCAAUAGGAUCUUUGGCCCCAUUUGGAAUCGGGACAACAUCGCUUGCGUCAUUCUCACUUUCAAGGAGCCCUUUGGCACCGAGGGCCGUGGGGGCUACUUCGACGAAUUUGGGAUCAUCCGGGACGUGAUGCAGAACCAUCUGCUGCAGAUGCUGUGUCUCGUGGCCAUGGAGAAGCCCGCCUCCACCGACUCGGACGACGUCCGGGAUGAGAAGGUCAAGGUGUUGAAGUGUAUCUCUGAGGUGCAGGCAGACAACGUGGUCCUGGGCCAGUACGUGGGGAACCCCAGUGGAGAGGGGGAGUCCACGAAAGGCUACCUGGAUGACCCCACGGUGCCCCGCGGGUCCACCACCGCCACCUUCGCGGCCGUCGUGCUCUACGUGGAGAACGAGAGGUGGGACGGGGUGCCCUUCGUCCUGCGCUGCGGCAAGGCACUGAACGAGCGCAAGGCCGAGGUGCGGCUGCAGUUCCGCGACGUGGCCGGCGACAUCUUCCGGCAGCAGUGCAAGCGCAACGAGCUGGUGAUCCGCGUGCAGCCCAACGAGGCCGUGUACACCAAGAUGAUGACCAAGAAGCCCGGCAUGUUCUUCAACCCCGAGGAGUCCGAGCUAGACCUGACCUAUGGCAACAGAUAUAAGAAUGUGAAGCUCCCUGACGCCUACGAGCGCCUCAUCCUGGACGUCUUCUGCGGGAACCAGAUGCACUUCGUGCGCAGUGACGAGCUCCGGGAAGCCUGGCGGAUCUUCACGCCGCUGCUGCACAAGAUCGAGCGCGAGAGGCUCCAGCCCAUCCCUUACGUUUACGGCAGCCGAGGCCCCGCAGAGGCAGAUGAUCUGAUGAAGAGAGUGGGCUUCCAGUACGAGGGCACCUACAAGUGGGUGAACCCCCACAAGCUCUGAGCCCUGAGCCCCAGGUCCCCACCCCCCCACCUCGGCCCCAUCUUUGUUCCUCCCACUUGCCUGUCACCCCAGUCUCGCAUCGGGAGUGCUCCAGGGCC